AUGUCAGACCCUGACCCCUCCACCACAGUGGACCCCCCAGUGCCACUCGUCCCCCCGCGCACCCCCCUGCAGCUCUCCUUCCCUUUCCUGAGGGAGGGCAGCCGGGUAUGGGAGAGGGAAAGGAAACCGCCACAGCCUAGAGAGCUGCCCAGCCCACUGCCCACCAAGCGCACCCGCACGUACUCAGCGACAGUGCGAGCCAAAUCAGGUCCAGUAUUUAAAGGGGUGUGUAAAAACUUCUCCAGGUCUCAGGGCCAUGGAUUCAUUCAUCCUUCUCAUGGAGCAGAGGACAUCUUUGUCCACAUCUCUGACAUCGAGGGAGAGUACGUGCCUAUGGAGGGCGACGAGGUCACAUACAAGGUGUGUCCCAUCCCUCCAAAGAACCAGAAGAUCCAGGCUGUGGACGUGGUGCUCACCCACCUGAAUCCAGGCACCAAGCACGAGACCUGGUCCGGUCAGAUCAUCAGCUCAUAGACCAGGGCUCUAGGCCUGCACCGUUUGGAAAAAGAAAGUUCUUGGAAUGGAGCUGGAAGGGGAGAGGAUGUAUGUUUUGGGUUCCGAGGUUCGGAACCAGGUGUGAGAAAGAGGGAUCAGAGGUAGAAUGUUAGAGUAUAAAGGUUUUGGGUCAGAAA